AUGAAGGCAAUAAAAGAAUACUAUGCCAAAAGUCUCAAAGACAAGGAAGAGGCAGACGAAUGUGAGGCAGCGAGUCACCCAAGAGAACUAUCUUUCUAUAAGAAACCCCUGUCUGAGUGGGAUGUGGCACAGAAAUUAUUUAAGCAGGAGAUCGACACAUAUGACAAGGCCCAACAACAGAGUAAAGGCUUGGAGUAUUCAAUCAAGCACCUCAAGUCUGCCAUGAAGAAAUGGAAUGAGGAGGGGCACCAGAAGAAACUCAGGCAAUUAAUGCUUGUUAGUCAUAAGAAAAAAGCUAGUCAGACAUUGUCCGUCAGUUUAUAUGAAACUACGCCUCAGAAUGCCAAGAAAAUUUUUAUGAGUGAGUGGGCUGCAAAUGGAUUUGAAUCUUUUGGAGAAUGGUCUAAGACUAAAUUUUACCCUUCAGAGGAUUCAGACCAUGUGGCUUCAGACUCUGAGGAUGGACCUGUCUUAUCUGAAAUCAUAGUAGAUGAUGAGGGGUAUGCAAAACUUCCUCUCCAUGAUGGUAUUGGCCUUAAGGGUCAACACAAAUUAAUUAGAAAAGUCUGCACAGGUGGCUCUAGACCUGUACCUUGGGGUGUGAUAACUGCCAGCCCAUCCAAUUAUUUGAAAUCUGGUUCAGUUCUCACAGGAUAUGUGGUCAAAGACCCUUCUCAUAUGAAGACAGAGGAGGUAGUCAUCUUUAUCAAGGCCAAGGAUGCUGAUAUUCAGAUCACUGGGAAGUCCAAGAUGAAGGUAGUGAGCACCCUAGACUUAGAUGAAGAAGAUCAAGGCUGGCUAGCUCCAUUUGCCUCUCAUUUCACAGAACGUACAACACAGCUGGCCACCCAUGCAACAAUACCAGAUGAUGUUACUAUCAAUGACCAAUACACAUUCUUAGAAACCCUUAGCAAAACUGAAAACUAUCUGGAGCUUGUGGAUGCCACUAGUAACCUGGCAAUAUUAGCCAGACAGAAGACCUGUCCAAUCUCAGGGCCAUCAUCGGCAAUGCCAGUAGUACUAGAAAUUGGGCUCCUCUAUAGGGAGUCUAAGCGUGUGAUAGAGUAUGAGGAAGAUGAGGCUGAUCCCAAUACCCCUUUCUACCUACCUCAUUCUGCUAUUGAUCUACAGUUCUUAGUCGCUCUGGAUGAGGCUGUCCGGGAAGUCUUGUUCUCAGUUGUUGGUCAGAUUGAGAGGCUGAACAAAGAGGGACUCAGUGACGAGGAUGAGGAGAUGAGGAUGGUGGUAGAGAAGGAAAGGCAUGAGGUUGGGGAGAAGGAUGUUGAGUCAGAGGAGAAUGUAGUUGGGGGAGAAGAACAGGAGCAGGAGGUUAAAGAGGUAGUGCAGAAAGGGAGGAAGAGAAAAAUCAACCAUGCUUCGUCAAACUUAGGCAGUGCCUUGUGA